CUGCUGUUUCACCGUCUGUGAUUGCGACAUCAUGGGGCCCGCCCUCUCCCAUUGGCGCGUUAUCCCCGAUGUCUAUGCGCAGCUCGGUCAUCGAGGACUGGACGCUCGAGGAAGAGCCUGCUAUUUCCAGCCCGUCCGAGGUCGCGACGACAUGGGGCCCGCCCUCCCCUAUCGAUUGGCCGGAAUCACCUGCAGUUCCUAUGUUUCACUCGCCAGAGCUAGCCUUGACAGUGGAACAUGUUCCGUCGAAACCCACGGAACGCCUCCUGAGUCCUCCAUCAUCUCCCAUGCAAUCUGUUCAAUUCCUAGAUGGCGAUGAGGAGGCAAAAACCACCUCUGCCAGCGACUCGCUUCCGGAGGAAACUCGGCCCGUCGUUUGGCCCUUCUGCGACGUGCCCUCUUUCGCCGCCGGCUCGUCCAGAUGGGCAAACGGCGGCCCACAUUUAUAUGCUGAAGAACAGAGGCCGCUGGCCGCCUCGCAGGCGUACGGGUUCUUCGAUCUUUACCGCGCCGUUUAUCCACACCUGCGACCCUAUCCACCGCUCGCAUGUGCUGGACGUGAUAAUCCUCCUCCCUCUCAUCCACUCAACAAGCCGGAUAAUUCUUCGUUUGGCUGGCCUUAUAUGAAGUCCACCCUACACCAUGAGGAUUGGACACCCGUCGGGCUUGCCACAUCCCUCUCUCUCUCGAUGAUGCCUCAAUCAGUCACGUGGCCACGCGCCAUCGAUGCGUUUGCUCAAGGAUGGCUAUUUACCCAGAAGUCGAAAUCGUCUUCCUCUGCCACGUGGUCACCCUCAGUAGAUGCUUUUGCUCAAGGAUGGCCGUAUACCCAGAGACCAAACAAGAUUCCUGUCCUUUUGGAUAACCAUUAUCCGGCAUUGACUAUCUACAAGCCCGUCUAUCCCCACAUUGAGAUCUAUCUUUCGUGUAUCCAGAGUUUCUCACGCCCCACUUCGUUCUCGCGUGUUGAAUACCCUCAUUUCGACAUAUACGCGACCGUGCCUUCCUUCCAAAAAGUGGCUUGCCGUAUCCCUGUUGCCCUGAACCUGGCCAUUUAUCCGACAAUCGUGGUCUACCCCGAUGUUGCCCAAACUUCUCAUGCGCCGACAAGCAUAUUCCCGCAUUCGAGUUCGGAAUAUCCUUGGCUUGUGAUAUACGCCUCUGUCUACCCCCAUAUUAUGCCGUACCCAGAAGCAGUGCCUAGGAUGAUCCCCAAACCAACUUUUGACAUGAACGUAUCUCUGUGGAAUUGCUAUCCGUACUCAGCACAAAGGAUGUAUGCGCCUGGAUAUCCUGACAACCUGGAGAUCUACCCCGCGACAUCCGAGAGCUGGCAGCUCUCUCACGAAGAGAAGGCUAUUAGCAUACAGACCGCUCUUCAACUACGAUAUCCGUUUAUGCAGAUAUAUGCACCUCAAUAUCCGCAUUUUGACAUCUAUCCCUCGGUACAGCACAGGGUAUGCAAUAUCGCUGACGCACCAAAGCUGAGGAUCCUGAUCGGGAGCAAGGCCCCUCACCCAGCAGUGGUUGCGGUUCAAAAUCACCAUCAUCCGACCGACACCACCCACCGACACCGGCACAGGAGCAGCUCGAAGGACAUUCCCCCUGUUCCUCCUUUGCCUGUUGAUGUCCUAGUGAAGCUCAAGUCCACUUCGUCCCCAAAUUCUCCGCCCCAGCUUAUCUCUAGCACCCAUGUUCGCAUCAAUGGUACACCCCAGCAGGCGCUGCCGUCUGUAGCCAGUCGUUCAUCCUCCCCGUUAAAGACGCGGAAGUGGAAACACAGUCAUCAGGACCUUGUCCGACAGGUACAAGAACAACAAGGUCUACAUUUGUCGUCAGCCCGUCAAUCGUCGGCUUCAUCGUCACCAGUAAACAAGAAAAAGUGGAAGCACACUCACAGAGACCUUGUCAUCCAAGUGUUCGGCUCCGAAUCACAACACCAUGAAGUUAAGACGACAACUCAGAUUCUACCACCCCAUGAAAUGAGUAGCGAACCAGUGAUCAGAGCCGGAAGACCCCAUUCAUUCUAUCAGGCACCUCGGGGAUGUUCCGGUUCUGUAGUAGGCCGGCCGCUGUCGAUGGCUGCGCAUCCCACGAUUCCGGUUGGACGACUAAACUUGUCGAAAUACCCCUUCGCUUGAUAGGGGAGUUGAGAAUGUACAAGUAGACUAGUACUAUUGCUUUGGGU